UGCCUCCUCUCCAUGGGAAAGAUUGGCUGCCAGGCCAAUAACGACGUUGGCGCUUACGGGCAGUCCGCACCUUCUGCAACCGUGAGGUGCGGCAUUGACAAUCAUGGCAGUCACGGCGUUGGCGGCGCGGAUGCGGCUCGGUGUGCUGGGCGUGAGGGCCAUGCAAGCUCGAAGCUUCAGCUCCGACCGGUCAGACUCCGGCUCCAGCGCGGGGUCGAUCCGGGAGGCCGGUGGGGCCUUCGGAAAAAGAGAGCAGGCUGAAGAGGAACGAUACUUCCGAGCUCGGACUAAAGAACAGUUGGCAGCCUUGAAGAAACACCAUGAAAAUGAGAUUAUUCAUCAUAAAAAGGAGAUGGAACGUCUGCAGAAAGAAAUUGAGCGGCAUAAGCAGGCCAUCAAUCAACUAAAACAGCAUCAUGAUGAUUAAGGGCACACAGUUCCCCAUAUAAUGGCCACAUAUCAUCGCCCACUUCUAUGGAGACAGUUCUAGUCUCAAUAAUAUCUACCUGUGCUACCAACAGAUUAUAAUAAAUUGUCAUCGUUGAACUGUG